GUGUAACCACAGUGUGACAGUAGAGUAAUACGAGACUCGUAUCUCCCAAACAGAACUGGGUCGUCUGUUACAAAUGCUUAAAUAAUAAUUGUCUAGAGAUUGCAGCUUUAAUACUGCGGAACCUGAUAUAAACCACUUAUCUUUAUAAUUAUCCGUUCCCAGUACAAGCCAAAACGCAUGUAUUUAGCUACGCUGUUCUAGCUGUGUACAGUUUUCUAGAACACCAUCACCUAACAGCUGACAGCCAGAACACUCUAGCUCACAAACACUGACUGUGGCUGGACGUAAACUGCGCGAGAAGAUUAUAAUGGAGGCGGCUGUGCCAAAACAAACGAUACGCUGAUGCGAUGUGCUGGCUCUUAGUAUAAACACACUCCAGAUGGCUUGGAGUUCUGGCUUACAAAGAACGAGAACAUUUCCAGAGUUCACUUACUAGUAGUUGUAUGGGAAGAAAUAGGCAUACACGAUUCAGAAAACCGAACAGGGACUAAACAUGGAGAAACCUAUUAAAAUAGAAAAUCUAGUGAUUAGUGAUGUCCGAUCAUAUAUCGAAGAUGAAAGUCUUCUUGAGGCUUUUCCCACUGUAUCUAUUAAAAUUGAAAACGCACCCAUCAGUUUAUCAUCUCAAUGUUUUACUGACGAACGAGAUAUCAGCAUACACAUGUCACAGGAGGCAGUGCAGACAAAUGCAGACAAAGAUCCAUUACAUGUAUGCGAAAGUAAAAUAUUACCACAACCAGAAGAAACAAACUCAUCCAAUGAGGCUACCUUUCAGUCUGAAGUAAGUGAAGACUUUAAAAAUGUGCUCCCAGAAAAUAUAAAUGCACCAACUGAUACACCAGCAAGAGAGUCAAGACAAAGAGAGACACGUAUAUCCAUAGAAAUGCCAAGAUCGACUGAAGAAGGAAGUAAGGAAAGUGACAGCGACUUUGACAGCUCAGAUAACGAACCUUUGGCAGCUUUAGGAAAUCAUUCUAACCCAUCUGAAUCGAGUUGCCAUUUAUCAUCAGGAGAGGAAUAUCUCCCUAGUGAGGAAGAAUCCAAUUCUUUAAGCUCGGAGAGCGAUUCUGGACCAAAAUCUGCCUUGCCAAAGGUGAAACUGAAAAAGAAGCAGGUUAGAGCUAGACCACAAAGCAAACCAAAAUUAAAUAAAAAUGGGCAGCAGAAGCUAUCUGCAGCCAUGGGCGAACGCCGCCAAGUUCAAAACUAUGUCCAAAUAAUGCACGAAAUGCAUACAAAGAGACUAUUGCAGCUAGUCGAGUGCAAUGGUUACCAGAUGCGCGCGGUUCCUGCUGAUGGCAACUCUUUCUUUGAGGCAUGUUCAAUCAGUAUGUCUGCGGCUGUGAACUCCACUGAACUGAGAAAACUGUUGUGUGAUUAUUUAGAAGAAAACAUGAUUGAAUACGUUGACUUCCUCCUGGUACCAGAAAAUGCAGAACUAGAAAAAGAUUACCGACUGGAAGUAAAGAAACUUCGCCAAGAUGGAUACUUUUCUAACAGCGUAGCCGAAUUCCUACCUCUUGCAAUAGCAAACUGGUCUGGUCAGUGUGUUCGGAUCUUAUGCAGCAAAGCAACAACCCCACUCAUCGAUGUGAAGCCUACAUUGCGACCCCCCGUUGUCGACACACCCAUUGUUCUGGCUCAUACAUCAAUAAGAGGAUUACCAGACCAUUAUGAUGCAUGUAAGCCACUAAAGAGUUCCACCACACAUACACAUCAUAUUCAAGGAGCGACAGUGCUUACAGAAAAAAACCGAACAGAACUUACCCCAAAUUCAAUCGAUGCUAAAGAAGAUGUGAAUUCAAAUACAACGUCAUCGAGUACAGCUCUAUCAGAUUCUGUUCGCCAGGAUGUUUCAUUUACAAAUGGUACAACUGUUACUGCUGAUGUUCCAAGUGCCAGUGUUGAUGUUUCGGCCACCACUCCCGUUAAACCAUCCAAACGACCUUCAAUUACAUCAUCCAAAAAGUCUGCAGCCUACAAUACUUCGCCAAAGAAAAAACUGCCCCAAAAGAGAACCGCUGCCCCUGAAACAUGGCUAAAGAACAAAAGAAAGCGACUGAAGCUCAGUGGGGCGGAAUAUGUCAACCAGGAGGGGAAGACCAUGCGCGCUAAAUCAGUUCAAAAAGUAGACUGUACUAAGUGUAGGUACAGAUGCUCUGAACACUUUUCAGAAGAGAUUAGACAACGUAUUUGUCAAGCGUUUUGGAAAUUAUGCUCUUACAAGAAACAGAAAGAUUUUAUUUGUUCGAACACAGAAGAAACGAAAACUCGAACAUAUUUGGAUGAAGAGAAAAAGGCGAUAAACAAAACGCGUCAAGUGCAUCGAACCUAUUCAUUUGAACACGAAGGAGAAAGACAUAAAGUCUGCAAGACGUUUUUCAGACAAACACUGGACCUUGGCGAAGCUUACAUAAACCAUGCAAUGAAAUACAGUAACAAAGGAGUAUUUUAUGGCAGCGAGAAGCGAGGAAAACACAAGCCACAUAACAAGACAACCAGUGACCAACUCAGCAAGGUCAGAAAACAUAUAGGCUCGUUUACAAGGUUGGAUGCACAUAACACUCGUCGAAACACCAAGAAACCGUUUUCAGGACACUUAAACACCAAGGAAAUGUAUAAUUUGUAUGAAAAGAAGUGUAAGUCAGAUGGCAUUAAACCUGUGUCAGUCUCCCUCUAUAGGAAAAUUUUCAAAGACGAAUUCGAACAUUUAAUUCCACGUUCCAUACCGACAUCAGUGCCCUCAUUGCCAAGGAUACAACUGAGAAAAAGAUCCCGUAACGCUCGAUGAAGAUUUAAAUCGUUAAUGCAUCAUCCACCCAUCAAGAAAGGUUUAAAAACUCAAGAAGCAAAAACAAUGGACAAAACGCUUCCUUGUUUCAGGCUUUCCGCUACCUGAUGCUGUUGAGGAUGACACGGACACUGACGACGAAUAACAAUGACCAGGAAGAAGUGUUGGACAUGUUUACUGGAUCUGCUUGACAUCGUUGUUGUAGUCACAAUAGCAUUUUAUGAAUAUUGAUGUUCAAAUUCCAUGAAGCAUUGCUGAAAUAUUUAAAAGUUGUACUUUUCAAUGUUGGAGUAAGAAUAUACAGUAUAUUUUUAAUGGAUGUUGGUGUUUUAAUUCCAGGAAGCAUUGCUGAAAUAUUUAAAAGUUGUACUUUUCAAUGUUGGAGUGACAAUAUACAGUAUAUUUUUAAUGAAUGUUGGUGUUUUAAUUCCAGGAAGCAUUGCUGAAAUAUUUAGAAAAUAUACUUUUCAUAGUUGGAGUGACAAUAAUGUUUUAAAUGAAUGUUGGUGUUUUAAUUCCAGGAAGCAUUGCUGAAAUAUUUAGAAGAUGUACUUUUCAUAAUAGUAGUGACAAUAGCAUUUUAUGAUUGUUGAUGUUCUAAUUCCAGGAAGCAUUGCUGAAAUAUUUAGAAGAUGUACUUUUCAUAAUAGUAGUGACAAUAGCAUUUUAUGAUUGUUGAUGUUCUAAUUCCAGGAAGCAUUGCUGAAAUAUUUAGAUGUACUUUUCAUUCUUUAGUGACCAUUUAAAUUGUUAGUUUUAUAGCAUUUUAUGUAUGUUGAUUUUCUUUUCUGAGGAGAACUUUAAAUGCUUGUUAAGUACGUGUCAUUCCAACAUAAAGCGACCGGUACUAAAGGUUAUGUAAAUAAUGUACUUGUAUGGAUGUCAUUAUAUGGUUGCAUUAGACACACAUUCCAUUUAAUCACAUACCAGCUUAAUGCUGAUAAGGAAUGCAAGACACUGUAUGUAGAUGUAUUUUACGCCUGGUCUCCUUGUACUUCAUAGCAUCUACUAUCAUCAUUAUCAUAUCAAUGUCUUGACUGAAAAUUUAAAAACAUCGAUUAUCAUAACAUAAAACUAAACCUGAAA